AUGUUCACAUGUUGUAAUGUAAUUCUUCUCGCAGAAACUCCUCGCACGCAAAGCCGAUGUUCACGCAACGAACGAACAUGGGAUGACUCCAUUGCAUUACGCCUGUUAUUGGGGAUACGAACAAAUAGCAGAGGUCAGGAUAGGGACUUGAUAAUCUCUGGGGCACAGAUUGGUGCAUGUAACAAGAGAGGUCAAACUCCUAUGGAUGUCUGUCAGGGUCCAUGUCGACAAGCCAUUGCUGAAAUAGCCAUGGAGAAUGGUCAGAAUCCAAACGAACGAAUACCUUUCAAGGAUCAGACAUGGAAGGGUACAAAGUCUCGUACUCGUGAUGCGACUCUAUCUAGAUAUACCGGAGUAGACGUUUCUUCACUCAAUCUAAUUACUAAGGUAUUCGAGUUUUUAUCCUUAUGUGGUUUUUAUAAUAUCAACGAGGCCGCAUCACACCGUCUCUUAUCACUUUCUUUCAUUAUCGAGAUUUUUGAAAACGCUGCUUCAUAUGCGAAGAUUGAACAUGCACAGAUAUCCUGA